GGCAAGGCUGUGAUCGCAAUUGUAUCUCAGUUAUCUACCGUAUCUGCCUGUACAAAAUUACGAUUUCCUAAAUACUGUUCCUGAGUCGGACAGAACCAGAGAACAAAUCAUAUACACAAACCCUCAUCCUCCUCUCAUUUGAUUCGCCACCUGCAGUCGGCCUGGAUUGACGAAGCGCACCGCGACACAUAAUUCAAGAUGCCCAUUCCUCCAGCGUACCACGAAUCCCUUCCUUAUGUUGACCAGGAACCGACUCCCGAAGCUCUGACCGCAGCCCGUGACCUAAUUGCCGCCGAAGCAUCUUCUCAACCUCCCCUGCCGACUUCCAAUCCAGAACCCUCCUUCACGCCCGCCAUGAUAGCCGAGCUUGAGCGCGUCUCCAAAUCCACGCCCCUUGCACCGCUCGAUUUAAGCCGUUACGAGGCUCCAUCUCCCAGCGCCCCUCCAGCGACCGCCCUGCCUGCUGCCGCCAUCGCACAUAGCUACCUCUCCUCACGUCUCACAAACCUCGAGCUUCUAGAGAAGUGGGGAAAGAACGCUUGGCUCUUAGGGAACCAUGGGCUAGAGGCAGAGCUCCAGGCAUUGGAGCGUGAACUUGCUGCUGUUAAGCGUGAAAUCGAUAUCGUGAACCUAGAGAGGCAAAACAGGCAGAACGCUGUAGGGGCUGAAAUCAAGACACUGGAUGAUACUUGGCGCACUGGCGUCGGUCGGGUGCUAGAAACUGAAGUUGCGGUUGAAGAACUUCGGAGGAAGAUUCGGGAGGAGCUCACGCGGAGGGCCACAGACGGUCAGGAGCAGUAACUAGGACCCAGGUACGCUUACCAUGGGAUACAUAGAGGCGGACUAAUCAGUUUGUAAGAUUUUCCACAUCAACUCAGGCGUUUUGAUACCAACAUUAUCUUUGCAAUAGAGUCUUUAAUAAAGGAAGCCACAUAGACUAAAGUCUCAAGGAAUUUCCCUAAUUUGACAGAUUGCUCGUCAAUGGCUACUUCCAAUCUCAGUCUCGUUGCCUUCUACUGCUCAUGGUGUGGAGAGAUAUAGCAUAAUGAUAUUGAUAUCAACCAAGGUCUCUGAUCACUAGCAAUACUUGUCUCAGGGAAGCGAAGGUGGUAGAAAACCUCACAAAACGCCAUGUCAAAGUCAACUCCUCCGUCGUCCAUUUCUCAAUCCAACCCGAGGCGCAUCGCC